AUGUUUAAUAGUAUUACUUUAACUAUCUAUCUUUGGAAAUUUAGAUUUAAUUUAACUAUGCAUCAGUUUAAUCAUCAGAGAAGAGAUUUUGUGGGAAUUGGUUUUGAUAAUGUUAAUAUGUAUAGUCGGGUUGAAUUUCUUGGACAGGAUGGUAAAAUUGACAGUGUCUUUUCUAAAAAACACAACAGUGAUAUAGUUAUAAUUAAGAAUCCUGUAUCACUUCAUAAAAUUCUUAUAAACAAGCCUUCUAUUAAAAUUGAUGAUUUGAUUUUUACUAAUAAGAAAACUAAUUUUAUAAACACUGAUGUUAAGUAUUUUAGAGUUAGUAAUUUUACUUACUUUAUUAUUAGAAUGUUUAAACUGUUUACCAGUAAAGUUUCUAUCAAAUAUAACUUUACUGAAUUUGAGUACAUUCCUUUGGGUAUUAAAAUAUUCCUUCAUAUGCCUAUUUUACUUACUGUAUUUAUUGUUGCUGUUAUUAUUGUUACUUAUGAACCUGAAAUUAACGCGGAAAUGAUUAGAAAUGAAAUUGAUAAAAUACCUGAUGUUAAAUAUAGUUCUGAGAUGAAUUGUGAUUGUUUUUGUUCUAUUUGUUUAGAUAAUUACAUUGAGGGUGAAUCUCUUAAAAAUUUAGAAUGUGGUCAUAUUUUUCAUAAAGAUUGUGCUAAAUCUUGGUUAAUGACUUCUUUAUACUGUCCUAUUUGUAGACAUUCUGUUUCUAAACUUACUUCAACUCACAGAUAUGAAUUACAAAGAUCUUAUGGUUUUAUUUAG